AUGGCCCUGACAACCAAGGCCGCCAUGGUUCCAGCCAAUGACAACAAGGCCACGGGAUCAUUUGUCUUUGUCGCCAAUUAUAGCACGUUUGACAACCUAGCACAUGUACCCAAGGGCACACCCGCCAAGCAUUCCCUCUACGUCUACCGCCUCUGCCCGCGUACCGGCCAGCUCACGCUUCUGACAGUUGACAAUAGCUUUGAUAACCCUGGCUUUCUCCGUUACCAUCCUCAAAAAAAUAUUCUUUACCUCUGCACCGAGGACAUUCUCAAGGAGAACACAAUUGGAGCUUACAGCGUCAACCCAGAGACGGGCGCCCUUGCAGAAAUUGAUCACUGGUCCGCUCACGGCCGCAGCACUUGCUACCUCACGAUCGAUAAACCUCAGCGACAUAUGCUUGCCGUCAACUAUUGGGAUAGCACUGUCGCCGCCUUUCCCAUCGACAGCUCCACGGGCAAACUUCGCGAUGCCUCGCAUAUUCAUGAGCCGGAGAAGAAGGUGGUCGCCAUGUCCCGGCUUGACCACCUACACAACCGCCAGUUGGAGCCGCAUGCGCAUGCCAUCGUUCUGGACCCUUACGAGGGUCAUCUCGCGUUUGUACCCGAUCUGGGCCUCGACGUCAUCAAAAUUUUCACGUAUGACAAUGCCACAGGCUGCCUAAAAACCGCACAGACGGCUGCUCCGGGUCCAGCCGGCUCGACCCAUGGUCCACGCUAUGUGCACUUUCACCCAGAGCUCAACAUCAUGUAUGUCGUCAAUGAGCUCAGCUCUACCGUCUCCGUCUUUGAUUACGAUCGUGAAGCGGCAGCGCAGCUGGCUGCCAACCCCUCGGCGGACGUGACGAUUCUCACGUUUAAGCAGUCCAUUCCCACGGUGCCCGAGGCUUUUCCGCGUUCCCUCAACACGUGUGGCCGUAUCUGCCUCGACCCAUCCGGCCAGUACGUUGUAGUCUCCAAUCGAGGCCACAACUCCAUCGCGACCUUCAAGGCCGAUGCCUCUACCGGCAUGCUCAAGCAGCCUGAAUUCUUUCACACGCGAGGCCGCACACCCCGCCACUUUCAGUUUGAUGCCACCGGUCACUGGCUCGUGGUAGCCAACCAAGACACGGACACCAUUACCGUCUUUCGCUUUAACCGAGAAGAGGGUGUUCUCGAGUUUACCGGCCACACCUACGAUGUCCCAUCGCCCAAUUUUGUGUGUGUGCACGCCCCUCAUUGA